AAUGCCAAGGUUAACCUCCUUGACCAGAAUAAUCAGACACCAUUAAUGAAAGCAAUCAAAGGUGGUCAUUUCGAAUGCGUCGAUCUGUUACUAAAUUACAGAGCUGACCUGACUGUUCGUGAUAAAUAUGGGAAUUCACCAAUCCAUCAAGCGGUUAAAUAUGGUCGUCAAAACAUUCUUGAACUCCUCCUUCGAAACGGUGUCGACAUCAACACCCACAACGAGGUAAUGCUUGAAAGUAGUGCAAAAUACCGUUUUAUCCCAUAA